UGUAUAACGGAUUGCCAGCCAUCAUGCAGGCUGUGCUUUAAAUAUCCGGUGAUUUCUUUUGGAAGUUUGACAGAUGGUGGUUUAAUAAUUCCAGAUAACACCGAAUAAACGGCUAGGCACUGCCUGAAGAUAUUCUGUAUUUACUUAGUUCUGAUCGAUCUUUUGGACUAUGGAACUUGAUCGGCGACUGUUGGUGGCUCACUGCGCAACCCACACACCCUGUCAGUCCUGUUCGGGUUGAUGGUGGUUGUCCCGCUUGCGCUCAACGGCUCAGUUUGUGCGCAUUUCACCACGGGUUCAUGGAGGACGGAGAAUUGAACCGAAGUCACUUGGGAACCGGCACCUUGUUCUCUGCCUUCCUGACCCUGAGCCUGUAUCUGGAGGGGUCAUUGUCACCCUCUCCCUUAGGCUGGCCUCCUGGUGCAACACUGUCACUGAUGACAACACUAGAACCUACAGGUCAUGUUUAUACACUGAGGCCUACAUAUCAACAGGAAAUACUUUAGGGUAUUCCAUGUCAUUUGGUCAGGAAAAACUCUGGUCCCUAGUACUGUGCAUCGACCAUCAAGAAAAACUCUGGGCCCUAGUACUGUGCAUGGACCAUCAGGAAAAACUCUGGUCCCUAGUACUGUGCAUCGGUCAUCAGGAAAAACUCUGGCCCUACCACUGUGCAUGAACCAUCAAUGAAAAACUCUGGGCCCUAGUAAUGUGCACGGACCAUCAAGGGAAAACUCUGGGCCCUAGUAGCAUGAAUGGACCAUCAGGGAAAACUCUGGGCCUUAGUAUUGACCGCUGUGCAGAAUCCCAGUCCGUCCCCAUGUACCUGGAUGUAGAGACGUCGUCCUUUUACACUGAGCUCCCCCUGGCAGAGUGACUGAGUGGACUCUCCUCUUUGUCCUGUUGCUGACCACUAUCUUUUCAAUGACAUCCUACUGACUGAACGGUAAUUUGUUUUGUAAACUCUAUAGGCAACAAUACUUCCCACCAUGCAGUUGGAGGCCCAGUUGCGUCUUUGUCAGAGCUGUCUAUGGUGCUGCAAGAGCGGACUGCGCCUGCUCUUUCAGAGCUCUGUGCACAGAGCGGCAUUUAACCACUACGACCUUCUUGGUGUAAAACCUGAUGCCACACUGGAGCAAAUCAAGAAUGCAUUUUUCGAUAAAUCAAAAAAGAUGCACCCAGACAGUGACCCGUCUAACCCGGUGCUGCAUGGCCAGUUUGUGGAGCUGAACGAGGCCUACAGGGUGCUGAGUAAGGAGGUGUCCAGGAGAGAGUACGACCUGCGGCAACGGCACCCUUACACCGGGGGACAGGCCUUCAGACCCACCUCCACAUACAACCCCAGGGCGGAAGCUCAGGAGAGUAUGCGCUACUGGGAUCAGUUCAAACACUCUCAGCCUCAGGAGACCACAGCAGAGGAGUGGGAGAGGAAGAGGAAGAGGAACUUCAGAAUAGUUAGCUACUGUAUGCUCAUCAUGGGCCUGAGCAUCAGCGCUCACGUUCUCUUCUUUAGAAAGUUGGAGUCAGUCCAUAACAACUUCAUGGAUGAAAAGGACAGGGUCAUCACACAGAUCUACAACGAGUCCAAAGAAAGGGCAAGAGUGAACGGGUUUAAGAAGCAGACAGAGAUUCUCAGACAGAAACAUGCAGACUUCCUGGAGAAAUACAAAAUCACUCGCAACAGUGGAGAGGACAAGUAGGAGUUUCGUAGAAUAAGAGUACACCUUAAAACAAGGUGGAUUGAGUUGGCGGAAGGCCAAUGAAGAGGAAUGGAGUCAGUCAGGAAGGGGAGUGAACGGUUGAGUGUGUUAGGAGUAGUUAGCUUUCAAAGAAAAUAACAUUGGGGCAAACGUUGAUGAUGUGCACAGCUGAUGUUUGCUUGGACCUCGGAUACUAAGCUGAGGAGUAAAAAAAAAGAAGAUGUGUAUUAACAACAGUAUGUAAUGCCUGGUUGAAACUGGAACUGGAACGGCAUAUGGGGUACAUGUCUUUGUCACAGUAGAAAGUUGACCCCAGACGUUGUAGGUUUCUUCAGAAGGAGAAUGUUUGUGGAGGUUUGGUCCGGUAUCAGAAGACUAACAGCAGUAGGACCUGGUCGUUAGCAACACAUCUCUUCCUCUGUUGGAUGGAACCAAGACUCCUGUUAGCCAGUUGCUAAUUGGUUCACAGUGACAUGCCGUUUUCCCCCAUGCCCGUUCAGAGGAAGUCUGAUUGGGGUUCAUAUGACAGUGUGAAUUUGCACACUGGAGAUCCAAUACAGUGUUGCGUACUGAAGACAAAUCAAAGGUAAAACUCCCUUCAUGACGGAUAGGGGGUGCUGUGUACAGCUUCCCUUGAACCAAUGGGAUUCCGUCAUUGUGCCUCUCUGUGAGUCAAUGAUAUCAUGGAACUCUUGACAUCGCUACUGGGCCCAUGGUGGACCCAAAUACAGUCAUAAAGAGUUUUUCUUGACAAUGAUACCUAUAGACAAUAUUUCGGACCUAGAGCAUUUCCUGGUCAUAUGAUGAGGGAAAACAGUUCCCAGAUACAGUGCAUUCGGAAAGUAUUCAGACCCCUUAACUUUUUCCACAUUUUGUUACAUUACAGCCUUAUUCUAAAAUGUAUUCAAUAUUUUUCCCCCCUCAUCAAUCUACACACAAUACCCCAUAAUGACAAAGUAUAAACAGGUUUUUAGAAAUUAUUGCAAAUUUAUACAAAACAAAAAACUGAAAUAUCACAUUUACAUAAGUAUUCAGACCCUUUACCCAGUACUUUGUUAAAGUACCUUUGGCAUUUUUCUCUGCAGUUAUUCUCAAGCUCUGUCAGGUUGGAUGGGGAGUGUUGCUGCACAGCUAUUUUCAGGUCUCUCCAGAGAUGUUUGAUCGAGUUCAUGUCCGGGCUCUGGCUGGGCCACACU